AUGUAUGAAUGUUCAAAUUUAAUAUCAACUGCUCAAAUGUUAUUUGAAAUGACAUUAAUGAAAUUUGAUGCACAUGAAUUAAUUGAAGCUGAUGCAAAUCUUGGACCGAUUUGCUUUGCUAUAUUUAUUAUUUUAGUAGUUUUUGUUUGUUUAAGUAUGUUUAUUUCAAUUAUUAAUGAUAAUUUUCAUCAAGCGAAAGAAAAGAACAUAGAAAAUCAAGUAAUGUGGUCAUUGAUGAUGAAAAGAUUCUUACGUUGGUUGGGUUUGAAAAAAUCAAGUCGAGCUGAAAUUUAUGCCGAAAAUGAUGCAAGAAUGCGUUUAAAAUAUCUUGAUCCAAUUGAAGAUUUUCCAGAGAAAAUUGAUCAAUUAUUAAUUGCACUUAAUAAAAUUUAUAUAAAUCAAUCUAAUGAAUUGAAACAAUUAAGAAAAGCAGGAAUUUAA